UUAUUUGAUGAGAACACUAACCUAUAAGUGACUUGCUUAUGUAUAAUAUACAUACGAUUUGAGAUACUUUGUACCCUUAAAUGAAUACUCAAUAGUAAAUUCAGCGUGUAACUGAACAGAUUUUUUUACAAAAUGUACAAAAGAAUUCUUUAUAAGUCAUUGAAUUUUUAAAAAAUGGUUAAUGGGGGAAUGAAUUACAAUUUUAGGAGAAAAAAAACACUAAAUGCUAACUUCAAAAGAUCUGGAGUGUAGUCUUAUGUUUAAUCAAACACCAUUCUCUGAAAAGACAAGAAAAUCAAAAUUUCAUCAUUACUUGUUUGUUUGUUUGAGACUCAGGCAGAGGAAAGGACUCAAGAACUUGAUGAACUUUUGACCAACAUAGUUGAGUAUGAGUCUAAAGCUGUAGAGUUAGACACCUGGCUCUCUGAGUCCAUCAAAACUCUCAAGCCAAAAAGUGGAGCUCCUAAACCAACAAAAACAAAGAUGAGGUGUUCAAUCAAGAUCACUUGUUUGUUUCAGGAAGAAGGUCUGUAUGAAGGUAAGGCAGAGAAAGAUGGAGAGAUGGAAACAUUAAGACAGAUGUGUGAUCAUUUAUCUGAAGCUAAUGGGGUCAAGGAUAAAUAUGCAUUAAAAGAACUGCUGGCUGAUGUAGAGACCAAAUGGAAUGACCUAACAGAACUUUUAGUCCAGCAGGUCUCUUUGGAGGCUUUGUCCGAAAUUGAUGGCAUGUUGAAAUAUUUAGAUAAAGCUGAAAAUGAAAUCAAUACAGCCGAAUCUAUCAGCAUCGAUCCUGAGACUUUGAGUAUACAGUUGAGAGAACACAAGAUAUUCGACACUGAUUUAAAAGGCAAGCGCAAUGCUGUAAAAGACAUUAUCGACAAGUGCACACAUAUGCUUAGAGAGACAGCUAAUUCCCAAUCAGAUGAGAUCAAGUUUCGUCUAGACACCAUUACACAGCAGGCUGACCUAGUUUGUCAGCUGAGUGCUGAUAGACUUCACCAGUUAGAGGCUGCUCUACCAUUAGCUACUCACUACGGAGAAAACCAAACAGAGGUCUGUGCAUGGCUGGAUGAGAUGGAGGCAGAGCUUGUUGCUCAGGGUGAGCCUGGACUAAAUCUGGAGCAAGUGAAAAAACAACAUGAUAAUUUAAAGGCCAAUCAGCAAAUAAUUGAAGAUCGCAAGUUAUUUAUAGAUGAUCUUAACUCCACUGGCCUUGAACUUAUGGAUAUCUGCGCUGAACAAGAUGCAGUGGACAUUCAGAAUAGGUUACUUGACAUUAACAAGAGAUAUGAGGGUUUGAAGUCAAAGGCUCAUACUAAAUCAAGGGAUUUGACAGAUGCAAAACGAAAACUAACCCAAGAGGCUGGAGAUACAUUGGAUCAUUUAAAGGAUGAGUUGGAUGGACUUCAUCAAACUGUCACCAAUGCUGAUCCCAUUCCAUCUUCUCCAGAGAAACUGAGAAAUGAAAUUGAUGAAAAUAAGGCUGUGUUAGAAGAUCUGGAGCAUCAAAAACAAGCUUUAGCUAAAGCUGAAGAUGUUGCUAAAAAUCCCAAGGCUUAUGGUGUUGAGGAUCUUACAGAUGCUGAAGAACUGCAGCACAAAUACAAGGAAAUAUGUGACAUGUCUAAAGAUAUACGGUUGAUGGCGGAGGCUCGAGACAAGAAUCUGACAACUGCUCUGAAACUGUCUGAGAGAUUCUAUGACAUGUCAGUGGAUGUGAUGUCGGGACUAAGAGAUCCUCUAGAAUACACUGCUGUCUAGCACUGUUACACUCAUGUCUAGAUAAUAGCUACAAGGGAUGGGUUUCACUAUAAGUUGGUUUGUUAAAAUUUAUAUUUAUAAUAUAUAUAUAUAUAUGUACAGAACUAUUUAUGCAACUAACUGCUGUUAAAAGUUAGGAUAGUGAUGUGAUCAAAUAGUGUUGAGUGACCUUUUGGUUUUUCAUGGGACAAGAAAACAGAAGACACUGCAUGCACAGAAUAGCUCAAGUUUUGAAAUACAUAGUUCAGUGCCUUCACAUCAAACUAGUGAUUGUGUUUAGAAUGUAUUGUUUUAACAUCUUAAUUAUAGUUAACUUUGGUCUCCCACACAGUAAAUUAAUAGGAUCCACUGAAGUCAGUUGUAUAUUGAUCAAGGCAAGUAUCCAUUAGAGUAUGUACAUAGUUGAGUGACAAUAGCCACUAAAGUAUGUUGUUUCUGAUGUUACUAUCUUUCUAUCCCAUAAUUCUCUUGGUGAGCACAUGAUGUAGUGAUGAUAUAUUUUGUACAAACUAUUAAACUAUCUCCAUACAAUCCUCAGGUUUUUGUUCUCUGUGUUUAUAUAAUACAGACUGGAUUCAAUUACAAAUGGCAUUUUUCAUUAAGGCUUUUAUUAAAAGGCAUGACAAAAACAAAGUCUGUUACAUUUUAAUCAAUGUGCUGUCAAAGUUUUAGUUCAAUUUAGUUUACGAAAAUGUAUUUUGAUUAAGUCUGAUAGUAUUAUAAUAAACAAUGAUUGCUUAAAGUUAAAAAAAAAAAAAAUUAGACAUUUUCAAAUAAUUUCCAAAUAGUGUUUUUUUUUUGCAAAGUUUUAGCAAAUAAUGCUAAAUUUACCUUCAGAGAUUAAUGAAUGUAUUUCUCUUUAAGGCUUUGGCAGUAAGUUAAUACAUGAAAAUAUCAAAUAUAACAUGACAAUCCAGGGUAAAUGUUUGGCAUAGACUAUGCAAAGAUCAUACAUGUAAUAUAGAAAUUUUGUUUGAUAAUUAGCACUAAAAAAAGUAAAUGAAAGGUUUCAAAUGAUGGAUAAAUAGAAUCAUCAAUAAAUUGUAAUGUAUAUUUAUAUAUAUAUAGACCAAUAUAAUUCAAAAACAUGUGAUCUAGAUAGAAUAGGAAGCACUUGGAAUCAACAACUCAAGAACAAUAAGUCAGUGUUUAGAAUAACAUCAUAUGUUUACACAGCAUUCUGUACAU